AUGGCAAUGGACGCGCCUAAUUAUUCCUCCUCUCAAGAUGCUCACCGCUACGGAAAUGAAGCUACACCGUUGAUAAACCGAUCCGAAUACUGGGAAACUUACCUCAGGUACAAACUAUUCCACAAAAUAGCCAUGAGCACGUUGGCGUUUCUAUUGAUCCUCGGAAUGAUCGUUGGAAUUUAUCUGCUGUUUCUCGAAGACGAGGAACGCGCCUACUUCGCGCUGAUCAAACGGCCGCAAUGGACUCGAAUCGAACGGAAAAUCGAUUACGCGCCGCUCGCGUUGCCCGUGAAUCGAAUCGAAAUGGUGGCGUUGGAGGAUCGAAAGUGCGCGAACGAAGCCCUGAGCACGCCGAAGUGUUUGCGGUACGUGCAAAAGAAGCACAUCAGAAAAUCCAGGGACGGAUCGGACAUUUCCUAUAACUUCAUAGUGGACGGUAACGGGACGUUCUACGAGGGCAGGGGCUGGAGGGAGGCCGACGAGAAAGGGGGAUUCGCCGUCGCCGCGUUAUUGGGUAAUAGAAGUAACAGAACGUCCGAUGAUGUUAGAAACGUGGAAAUUUCGCUGUACAAUUUCUUAAAAAUGGCGGUGGAUAAGCGUUAUGUAGUCGCUUGUUUCGAUAUAAACUCUGAUAAUUCCACCGUGAUAAAGGAAGUGGUAGAGUUUGUAAAAACGCUAAGAACUUGCCAUAAUUCGACUGUUUAA